UCGUCGCUGAGGCUGGACACCAACGCUCCUGGCCCGGCAACGGAGCACAAAUCCAGGCUUCCAGGCGCCGCAGCCCGCUGUGAAAGUGGACUUUUCAUCGCCUUUCUUUUUCGAUAUGGGAGACAUGGGGGAUCCUCCGAAAAAGAAGCGACUGGUGUCUCUUUGCGUGGGCUGCGGGAACCAGAUCCACGACCAGUACAUCUUACGGGUAUCUCCGGACCUGGAGUGGCAUGCCGCUUGUCUCAAGUGCGCGGAGUGCAGUCAGUACCUGGACGAGUCAUGCACUUGCUUCGUCAGGGAUGGAAAGACUUAUUGUAAACGGGACUACAUCAGGUUAUACGGUAUUAAAUGCGCUAAAUGCAAUAUCGGAUUCAGCAAGAAUGACUUCGUCAUGAGGGCUCGCUCCAAAGUCUACCACAUCGAGUGUUUCCGCUGCGUGGCCUGCAGCAGGCAGCUUAUCCCGGGAGAUGAGUUCGCUCUGCGGGAAGACGGGUUGUUCUGCCGCGCUGACCAUGACGUGGUGGAACGGGCCAACCUCGGCAGUGGAGAUCCGCUCAGUCCCCUGCAUCCGGCCAGACCGCUGCAGAUGGCAGCAGAACCAAUCUCAGCGCGGCAGCCUGCACUCAGACCCCACGUCCACAAACAGCCAGAGAAGACCACCCGAGUCCGGACGGUGCUGAACGAGAAGCAGCUGCAUACGCUGCGGACCUGUUACAACGCCAACCCGAGGCCCGACGCACUGAUGAAGGAGCAACUGGUCGAGAUGACCGGCCUCAGCCCGCGAGUGAUCCGCGUCUGGUUCCAGAACAAGCGGUGCAAGGACAAGAAGAAAAGCCUGCUGAUGAAGCAACUGCAACAGCAACAACCCAACGACAAGACGAACAUCCAGGGAAUGACGGGCACCCCGAUGGUUGCGGCCAGCCCGGAACGACACGACGGCGGCAUCCAAGCCAACCCGGUGGAGGUGCAGAGCUACCAGCCGCCCUGGAAGGUCCUCAGCGACUUCGCCCUGCAAAGCGACAUCGACCAGCCGGCCUUCCAACAACUGGUCAGCUUCUCAGAGGGAGGACCAGGUUCGAAUUCGACAGGCAGCGAGGUAGCAUCCAUGUCCUCCCAGCUUCCCGACACGCCGAACAGCAUGGUCUCCAGCCCCAUCGAGGCCUGAGGACUGCCUGAACACACAGCCCCGACCAUCCCAUUCCUCCUGACUGGGUGUACUUUGACACUGUGAAGACAAUCAUGGGAUUUACUCCAGCCAACCAUCCUAACUUUAACACGGAGUGCAGACGGACGGACAUGAUGAGCGGUGCUGCCUGCUUUCAGUUGCCAAACGGAGAAGAGAGAAAAGGAAGCGGACCUCUGACAGGGAGCGCAAUCUAAUUCACGUAGGCCUACUUUCGAUAUGUUCAGCUUUGAAUAGAAAACGAUGUUUUUUUUUGUUUUGUUUUGUUUUUUUUAAACCCGCUUCACCCACACCAUAUAGGCUAAGAGAUCUUUUGGAUCCGUCUGAUUUCUUCAUUUGACUGAUUUCCUUUAUGACCCAAGGCCUGAGGCAUUUUUAACAAGGUAUACCUCUAGUUUGCCACAAACGUUGUGGGACAUUUGUGCGUUAGCCUAUAGUGUCCGUCCAAGUAUAGGCUAUUUUUUCUUUCCCAAAGACAUGUAAAUUAUUCAGUUAGUUCUCUGCAAGAAAUUGUAUUGUUUGUUCCCGUGCAACAGAAUUAUUUAUUAUUUAUUGCCGACAAAUUUGCCACCUUUUGUGUAACUUUCGUAACUGAAGUAAAAAGAAACAAAAAGAAAUAUGCAGUUUGGUCUUUGGACUUUAGUUUACAUUUUAGUUUUUAUUUAUUCUUUAAAAAUAUUUAAUAUCAAGACAAAACGAAGAUUUUUUUUAUUGAGUUUUCUAUUUACGUAGUCUAUAGUAAGGAACGUGUCUUAUGUAGUUAGUUAUCAGGUAUAAUGUUGACGAGAGAAUGACAAACAAACUUGCAUUUUUUUUCUUACCACCAUUUGAACUUUUGUUUUACAGCACAACACGUACUCUUUCAUAAACAUUCCAUCCCCAUAUCCACGCCUUUCAGAGUGAAAGUGUUCUGAGGCCUUCGGUUCUGAUUUGACCGAACUCACAUCAGGCGUAGUAGUUCUCCGAUGUUUUAUACCAAGAAUGAGGCUCUUUUUUGUCACCUAUUAAAAUAAAAAUCUAGUAAAAAAAAAAAAAAAAGACACAGGCAGAAAAUGCAGCACCACAUUAUUGAGUGCCACCAUUUUAUCAACAUUUCAACCUUUUUACUAUUUAAAGGAAAUUAUUGUGCGCAAGCAAGGGAUGCAAGUCUAAAAACGGCAUGGUUAAAAAAAAGAUAAAAGAAAACACAAGACUAAUUCAUCAUGUGUCCUUUAUAACCAUGUCCCUGACAAGGUUUUCAUUCUAAUCUGAUUAAUCAGCUCAUAAUGAGCUUCCAACACUUCUGCUUAACAGUUAGAAAUAGUUAGCAAAAGGUGGAGGAAGUGAGGCUUAAUGGAGAGUGUCAUGACUUGUAAGUCCGGCUGUGUUUCUCUGUUUAAUGUUGAUUUGAACAUUUCCUUGCUGUCCUUUGAUCUACACUCAGAGCUUAGUGUUCAGAUGAAUGCCAGAAGCUACAAAGCCACCUGAUUUAAUUUAUUCAUCUUCGUUUUCAGAUUUGAUCACAUUUCUAAUUAGUUUCUUUCAAUUUCUAAGGUGGUGUUGUUAAAAACAUGCAAAACAUGUAACUCUUUAAUUAAAUCAAGAAAUUGGUUAUAUAACCACUUAAUGCUACAUUACUUAGUUUCCUUUUGUAGAAAUUAACACGGUCUGUGAAAGCAUGUAAGAAAGAUGAACAGCAGAUCAUCCAGAAAUCCAUAAACAAACAGAUGCCGAGUUGUUUCAGUAAAUAUUCAUCUGGUCAAAUAUCUAUGUUGAGACAGAAUCUUCUCACUUAGCCAUUAAAAUUCACUUUACCUCACCUACACAUCACCUCAGAUAAUUUAUUUUUACACCUCAAAGUUAGUUUCACCUGAGCUGUCUGAAUCUUUGUUCAAAGGGCAUAACUGUGAUUGUAGAAGAAAAAUUAUAUUUUAGUAUGAAAAGAAAAAAUAUCUGUGCUGAAGCUGUAUGACAUCAUCACUGUCUCCUCGUGAAAUGCCGUUUUUUCUUUUCUGAAACUUGCUAAAUUGAGCUUGAUUUAGGUCAUAAUUCAGAUGGCCACCAGAGGUUGCUUUUUGAGCAGAUACAAACAUAAGAUCAAACAACUCCACAGGGACCUGAACUAUGAAGGAGGAUUUAGGGCUUCCAGGGGUUACCUCAGAUUUAACUCCAGGCCUGGAUACGAUGCCAUGGUAUUUUACAGCACACCUACCCUGCUGUGGAGCACCUUAUGCUGGAGACCAGAUAUCACUAGCUAUAAAAAGAACACCUAUUUGUCAAUCAAUGUUCUUGAAAACUGAGUGGUGAUGGGGGAAAAAAAAAGAAACAUUGUGUGUUAUCAGUGAGGAUUUGCAGACCUGGUGGGAUAAGGGAUAAGGGGUGCUGGUGGGAGAAUCUGGUUUGAAGCCUUGUCCCUGCAGUCAAUUAUGGUUAAAUGAUAUAAGAAUAAUAUAAUUGAAGCAUAUAAGAUUUAAACUUAGACUUAUCACCUGUUUUUCAGUUAACUCAGUUGUAUGUAGUACUCCUGUAGUUUAGUGCAAUCUGUUAUUUAUUUAUUUAUUUAUUUAUUUAAUUAAUUAAUUAAUUAAUUUAUUUAUUUAUUUAUUUUUGAAUUGAAAAGGAUACUACAUAAAAAUCUCCUAUGUCUCCUUCAUCUGUGUGACAUAUUAAACAUACUGUGGACAAGAAAAAACAAGCAAAUACCAUAAAAUACACAAAAAUAGUAAAGCUCAAAUGUAGCUAAUUAUAUUGUAUUGACAUUCAACUAUUGUACAGUUAAAAAAACAAGGAAAGAGAAAACAAUAUUAAAUAUGUCCAGUUGCUAUUCUUUAUGUCAUGAAUGGAAUCACGCCAAAACUGAUGUUGCAGGAAAACAUGGGAAGAUGGUGGGUGAGGGGAGGGAGGGAGUUCUGUCAUUUUGGCUGAGCACAUUAUAUUCUUUGUAACUGUCAGACACUUACAACAUUUGUAAAAGGUCAGAGUGAGCAGAAGAAAGGAGUCAGAAAUCAGCAGGUCUGUUUGUGGAAACCUUCUGCCAGUGUGCUGUAUCUGAAGUGUCUGUAUAAACUGCAACUUUUAAAGUCAAAGCUUCUUGUGACCAACGCCCAUGUAACAACUCCACUUAACAUGCAGAUUAUAGCUGUGAGCAAAUUUUAAAAUCAAGAUAUCAAUGUUGCAUUUCAUCCCAGCAAAUGAGGUCUACCCUAGCCAUUGCAACAAUGUUUAAAAACCUUAGGCUGUUUGUUGGCUAAAUUAAAGUCUGCAAAAGAAGGCAGUUUGCUUCUUCUGCUUGAUGACAAGCAUGUUGGAUGUAAAAUUCACUUUCAUCAUGAGGCUCAGAGUUUUAGAGCAAGUAGGUUCAUUAUACAAACAAUUCUAUCGUUUCUAUGGGGUGUGCAAAAAAAAUUUGAUCAGGGCAAAAUGAUCACAUUAUUCCCCUUCCAAAAAGAGACAAAUGGCCACAAAAGUAAAGUGAGCUUGGAGAAUAUGGAUGAUUGCCAUUGCACAGGAAGUUAGGAUGGAGCCCUAAACAGUGAAAAGUAGAUAUUUUGUUUGGAAAAGUUGGUGUUUAUUGACACAAAAGUAAUGGGGAUGGAUUACUGUGCCAAACGUGCUGCAGAAUAACUGUAAACCUGCCUGAAGGUAAAAUCGAAACCCCUAAUUGGUACCUGUGAUAUCCAAGUGUACAUUGCGCAAGAGCCCAAUGACACCAGGUAAUCCAGGUAAUUACAUUCAGUUUUCACUGUGUAACAGCAGUUACGGUUACAACAGCUAUAUCUAUAUUGUGAAGGCCAGUAUUGCUCUGCACAGCAGGUUGUGACAACAGAUGCUGCCACUGCAGCAGCAUCAAGCUACAUUCCUCCCAGUUUCCAUUACCACAGCAAGAUGGCCAAUCACCAACCUGGGGUAUCAGGAUGGGUUGAAAGCUUAUGCAACUAUUGCAACAAAUGAUCUGAACUUUUGCUCAUCAGGGUGCAGGACCUGUGCCCUGUCAAUGUGCUCUUAUUUACAAAGAGGUAUGGAAUAAAAAUAUGUCCAUGUUAAACAAAUAAAUUAGCCUUUUUACUAAACAAUUUCAAUAUUUUCCCAAACAAACCAAUAUACAGAUACUAAAACAACUUCAUUUACAUUUUUUAGAUCCAAAAAGUGUUAACUGUUUGUAGAAAUAAUUAUUUUUACAUGGAUGUUUGCAGUGAAAUUAUGUUGUUCUGAAUGCAGCAUGAGUUCAUGGCAGUAGUUCUACUGAACAUCAAUGACAAUAACAGUAGAGUGUUAUUUUAUUUUCCCACUUCUUUACACUGGUUGCCAGUGUUUCCACAAUCCCUAUGAACACUGCCCUGGUGAAAAAAUGUAUAUAUUACAGUGUAUUUUAAAUAAUCUGUCUUUUUUCCCUGAAAUAUAUUUUUAGUAUGCUAUCAAAUGGAUGUAA